AGCGUUUGUAGAUGCAAAAAUAAAAUAUUCUAAAAGUUAUUAAGAAUUUUUUUUUCCUAGUUAUUAUUUGAUUUUGAAUAAAUUUGAACAUUCCAAUGUAACCAAAGUUCAUAUUCAAAAGUUCAAAACUGAUAAAAAUUCUAAACUUUACUGCAUUUUUAGAAGUAUCUAACGCUAUGGGGAGUUUGUCGUUGAAACAAAUAUUUCAUUUUACUUUCUUACUUUGUUUCACUACAUUAUUAAUUGUCUACAACAAUUCGGAACAAAUAUUGAGUUUAGCUGAUACAACAUAUUUAUAUACACAUAAUGUCGAGAUCGAAAUACUUCAUAAUUUGAGUAAAGUGAAUGUAAAAGCAGGUAAAAAACCCAUUUUGAUUCUUGCAUAUACAUCUUUCUUUGGAGUAAAACCAUGGCCGGUUUUCAAAAAUCUCACUUGCAACUUUGACACAUCAAAUUUUAAAGUAUCACAUGAUGAAAACGAUUUUUAUAAAAGUGACGUUGUAAUAUUCCAUGGUCCUAACAUGCCAUCGUUUUCAAAAUUACAGAAAAUACAAAUUAAUCGAAAAUUUGGACAACUCUGGAUCUAUUUUAGUAUGGAACCUUUUCCUAAAAAUGCCAAUAUAGAAGAGUUUAGCGUGUUUUUUAAUAUAGUCUCAACGUACGCAAUAAACUCAGAUAUUCGAAUUCCGUACAGAUAUCAUACAAAAAAAAAUAUUUCUGAAAAAAAGACCUUAAAAAUUGAUAAUUUUUCACAUAAAAACAAAAUGGUAGCUUGGUUUGUAAGCAACUGUAAUGGAAAGGAAAGAAGCAAACUUGUUCAAAAAUUACGUUUAUACGGAAUUGAUUUCGAGGUCUCAGGUGUAUGCUCUAAAUAUUACUCAAAAAAAUUUAAAUCCUCGUGUCAAAAAAGACCAUGUUAUAAUGAUUUGAAAUACUUCAAGUUUUACUUUUCAGCAGAAAACCGUUUAUGCAAGGAUUAUAUAACAGAAAAGUAUUGGGAAACUGCUUUGAAUAAUGAUGUUAUUCCAAUAGUUUUAGGAGGUUCCAACUAUUCUGAUCCUAGACUAGCCAUCCCUGGAUCUUUUAUUGAUGCAAUGAGUUUUGAUUCACCAAAAGCUCUUGCUAAUCAUAUUUUAAGCGUUAGUACAAACCGAUCAAAGUAUAAUUCAUAUUUUGAGUGGAAAAACAGUUGGAAGUUAGAUACCAAUUCGUACUAUUGCUCGCUUUGCCAAAAGUUUAAAGAAGGAAUUACGCUUACGAAAAAUAAUCUUAUUAAAACAAUGAAUAUCCAAAAAUGUUUGAUACCGACUAGAAAAUUUUUUUCAUGGAUAAAAAAGUAACCACCGAAUUCUAUUAUGUUUACCUUCUACUUCCCAAAUUUUAUUUAAAAUUUUUUUUUUAAUGCAGUCCUAAAUUAAAUUUGUAUUUAUCAAUAGGUUUAAAAU